AUGCUGCACGCCAUCUUCUACGCUCGCUUUCAACCCGAACGAGGCCCGUCGGUGAUCCAUCAGUACCCCAACAACACCAUCAAGUCAUCCGCUGCCGAGCAUGCCACUCUCGUGAACUGGAGCGACAUCUCCUCAUACAUCAUCGCGCCCUACGACCUCUGCAACCAGCCGCUGUCCAUCUGCAACAAUGGCUAUCGUGUGCUCGGCUAUCCCAUCACCCUCGAGCAUGAACACUACCACCGCAACCGCUUCACCUUCAACGUCUGUCUAGUGCUCGCGGAAGACGACGAUGCUAAGCCCUGGGAGCAGAUCCUCCGGAAGAUUGCCCGCUUCUUUGUGGGACUGGAGUGGAAUGGCUGCAUACUCCAGACGGAAGAGGACCUACCUGGCCUCAAGCUGGCGGGCGAAGCGGGCUAUCCGGGAGACAGCCCAGGCAGAGUCUACACACUGUUAGAGCGCAUCUUUGAGGAUAUGAACGCAUAUGGUGAAACGUGUAUACGAGUGGAUCAUACGGAUGGGCAGGACGAUAUACACGUGCUGAACCUGCGGCUGGAGCUGCAAAAACAAUUUGCCAUUGAGUCGCCGAAGAAGGUCAGAAGUUGGGAUGUGCCGCUGUUGGUACGCUCAAUUCCAACGCAGGGCGAGUGGACGUGGGAUCUCACCCUGCAGAGGAUUCAUGAGCACAUCGAUGGCAUCAGGCAUGUCCGCAAGAUUGCAGAACUGUCAGACGUGGAAUUGAAACUGGUCAAACGUGCCGUCAAGGAAUUGGUCCAUCAUGGUAGAGCCAUCCUGCUCGAUAUCUUCCAUUUCCAAGCAAUUUAUACGAGUACCGAAGAAUUCACGCAUUUCGUCAGCGAUACAGAUCUGCAGGACGAGUGUCGACACUACGUGGCUAUCCCAGAUCAAGCAGACGACGGCAAGUCCUCUCCUGAUGGGCGUAAACCAGACACCGCCAGUGACCACAAAUCAGACAUUCCCUCGCGCGAUCGCAUCAUCCUCUUAUACGCCGGUCUGAGACCAGGCAUUCAACUCCAAGAAUUUUGCCUCACUCACAAACCAGACAUCAUCAACAUCGACAUCCGCCGCCUCAUCACCUUCGGAAUCAUCAAAGGCUUCCUGCGCCGCAUCCAUAAAUACGCUGUUGCGCUAGAC